GUGAAAUCACGACGACGACGACUAAAGCGAAAGGCAAAGCGAUACAGAGAAGGUGUAAAGACACAUCAAUGGAAUCGUCGUCGAACGGAAGAGAUAACGACGGCGGCGCCGGCGGAGACGAUGGCGUCGUCGUCGUCGGAGGACCUCGUGUUGGAUUGAUAUACGACGAAAGGAUGUGUAGUCAUUUCACGACUGAUCGUACUCAUCCCGAGAAACCAAAUCGCAUUCGCGCCAUCUGGCAAGAACUUCAAUCCUCCGGCAUUACUAACAGAUGCAUAUUUGUUAGUGCAAAAAAAGCAGAGGAUAAACAUAUAUCUCCACUUCACACCAAAGAGCAUAUCGACUUGGUCAAGAACAUAAGCUCCAAGCGUCGCGCUCAAAGAGAAAGUGUUGCCAAUCGUUUAAAUUCUAUAUAUUUCAAUGAAGGCUCCUCUGAAUCUGCAUAUCUUGCUGCUGGUUCUGUCAUAGAGGUUGCUGAGAAAGUUGCCAAGGGUGAACUGAAUUCGGCAUUUGCUAUUGUUAGACCUCCAGGACAUCAUGCAGAGAAAAGUGAACCCAUGGGGUUCUGUUUGUUCAACAAUGUUGCGAUUGCGACAAAGUACCUAUUGGAUGAAAGACCAGACUUGGGGAUUAAGAAAAUAUUAAUAGUUGAUUGGGAUGUACAUCAUGGUAAUGGUACUCAGAAAAUGUUCUGGAAGGAUCCUCGAGUAUUAUUCUUCUCUGUGCACAGGUACGAUUCUGGAGCAUUCUAUCCAUGUUCAGAUGAUGGUUCCCAUCUAAUGAUUGGAGAAGGACCAGGUGAAGGUUAUAAUAUCAAUGUUCCAUGGGAAAAUGGUCGUACUUUUCCUUGUGAAGAUGCAGACUACAUAGCAGCUUGGGACCAUGUGUUGAUUCCUGUGGCUCGGGAAUUUAAGCCAGAUAUUAUCAUGAUUUCUGCUGGAUUUGAUGCAGCUCUUGGUGAUCCUCUUGGUGGAUGUCGUGUGACACCAUAUGGAUAUUCUGUCUUGUUAAAGAAGUUGAUGGAGUUUGCUGAUGGUAAGAUUGUGAUGGCCUUAGAGGGAGGUUAUAAUUUUAAUUCUUUAGCAAAGUCAGUAAAGGCAUGUGUAGAAGUACUGUUGGAGGAUAAUCACCGUGUUGAGUUACUGGAGGAUAAUCCAUAUGAUUCCACAUGGGAAGUAAUAAAACAGGUCCGUGAAAAACUGAAAUCAUUUUGGCCAGUACUUGCUGGCAAGUUACCCGAGGUAGAUAAUACUACAAGAAGAAGGAAUCCUCCAAUUAUUGAGUCCUCGAGCUCUGAAUCUGAACAUGAUGAUACUAGUUGGUGCUUAUUAACUACAUUUGAAGAAAUUGUGCGGCCACUUUCUGAGCUGACAGUUAGUGAUGGCAAAGUAAAUAAUUGGCGAACAGAACUUUCAAAAGUUGAUAUUUGGUAUGCUACCUAUGGAUCAAAUAUGCUUAUGUCAAGGUUCCUUUGCUACAUCCAAGGUGGACAGGUGGAAGGCAUGAAAAGGGCAUGUGCUGGUUCAGUUGAUAAAAGCCUACCAAGGGAGAUUAUGUGGAAGACCGUCCCUCAUCGUUUGUUCUUUGGCCGUGAUGAAACAAAAACCUGGGGUCCGGGAGGGGUUGCAUUCCUCAAUCCUGAAUCUGACCUCGGGGAGAAAGCACACAUUCUUCUUUAUCGGAUUACGCUUGAGCAGUUCAAUGAUGUGCUGUUUCAGGAGAAUGUUUCAGACUAUGACAUGAGCUCUCCUCCUUUUGAUCUGACUCAUUUAGAUUUGAUUCAUGAUACGAAGUCCAUCUCCUUGCAUCUUUUCCAGAGUGGCUGGUACCAUAAUGUUGUGUUCAUGGGGUAUGAAAAUGGCCUCCCAAUACUGACAAUGACAUGCAGUGAUUCUGAUGUUGAAGGCUUCAAAACUGGGAAAUUACCCUUAAAUGCACCUGCUAAAGAAUAUGAAAACACCUUACUUAAGGGGCUGAUGGAAGAUAAAUACCUUUCCCAGGAGGAUGCCAUUGCUUACUUAGGAGAUGCUUCAACUAAGCCAUUCUUAUCUUCCAAAUCUUCCAAAUAGUUUUACGAUAUAAUCAAGGUAACCGGUAUUGUAGCUAUUGAAUGCAAUUAAUAUACACUCUAGUAGAGUUCUAUAGACCUAAAAACAAUGCGAUUAAUAUGACAUAAGCUUGUGGAAAAUCUUGUUUUGUUUUUUCUUUUUAAGCAUAA